UUCUGCCAGCCCAGCGGCUGGCAGCUCUUCCCGGAGAGGAACCCGCCCACCUUCUUCGUGGCCGUGCUCACCGACAUCAACUCGGAGCGCCACUACUGCGCCUGCUUCACCUUCUGGGAGGCCGUGGAGAGCGCCCAGCCCCAGAGCCACUCGAGGAACGGCGAUGGCGAGGAGGAGGAAGAGGAGUCAGCGUCUCCCAUCCAACCCGCACAGCUCUUUGCUCCCAAGAGCCUGGUGCUGGUGUCGCGGCUGGACCACGCCGAGGUGUUCCGGAACAGCCUGGGGCUCAUCUACACCAUCUACGUGGACGGGCUGAGCGUGUCCCUGGAGAACGUCAUCGGGAACCUCCUGACGUGCACCAUCCCCAUCACGGGCGGCGCGCAGCCUGACGCGGACGACGACGCAGUGAGGACCAUCUCGCUGGGAGCGGGGGACCGGCAGGUCAUCCAGACGCCCAUCAAUGACUCGCUGCCCGUCAGCAGCUGCAGCGUCGCCCUGCUCUUCCGGCAGCUCGGCAUCACCAAUGUGCUGUACCUCUUCUGCGCGGCGCUCACCGAGCACAAGAUCCUCUUUCUGUCGAGCAGCUACCAGCGGCUCACGGACGCCUGCCGGGCCCUGCUUGCGCUCAUGUUCCCCCUCAAGUACAGCUUCACGUACGUGCCCAUCUUGCCUGCACAGCUCCUGGAGGUCCUGAGCACUCCAACACCCUUCAUCAUCGGAGUCCACUCCGUCUUCCAGUCGGAGACGCAGGAGCUGCUGGACGUGGUCAUCGCAGACCUGGAUGGCGGGACGGUGAAUGUCCCCGAGUGCGUCCACAUCUCCCUGCUGCCCGAGCCCCUGCUGCAGCAGACCCGGGAAGCCCUCUCCAUGGUGUUGGACCCGGAGCUGGAGGUGGCGGAUCUCGCCUUCCCCCCGGCCACCGUUUCUGCCUCCUCUCUCAAGAUGCAGGAUAAGGAGAUCCGGGCCGUCUUCCUGCGCUUGUUUGCACAGCUUCUCCAAGGCUAUCGGUGGUGCCUGCACAUCAUCCGCAUCCAUCCCGAGCCAGUGAUCCGCUUCCAUAAGGCUGCCUUCCUCGGGCAGAGGGGGCUCACGGAGGACGACUUCCUCACCAAGGUGCUGGAAGGCAUGGCGUUCGCUGGCUUCGUGACCGAGCGGGGAGCCCCGUAUCGCUCCAUCGACCUCUUCGACGAGCUCGUUGCUUACGAAGUGAAGCGGAUGCGUGCAGAAGAGGGCAACAAGCAGAAAAUCCUGCGGCACAUCAAGGAGCUGGCAGAGAAGCUUUACAAAAAUGAGAACCCGUACCCCGCCGUGACCAUGCACAAGGUGCAGAAGCCCACGGAAGGCUGUCACCUGCGUCUCCACCAGAAACCUUUUCCCCGUUUGGACGAGGGGACAGUCCAGUGGAUCAUAGACCAAGCCACUGCCAAGCUGCAGACAGCCCCUCCUGCGGUGAAGGCAGAGAAGAAGUGCAUGGUGCCAUCGGGCCCCCCCAUAGCUGCCAUCCUGGAGCGAAAUGGCAAUGCCCUGGCCAACAGCGCCCGCCGCCUGGAGGUUGUCAGGAACUGCAUCUCCUAUGUCUUUGAGAACAAGAUGUUGGAAGCCAAAAAGCUCUUCCCUGCUGUGCUGCGAGCCAUGAAGGGCCGAGCAGCCAGGCACUGCCUGACGCAGGAGCUGAACCUGCACGUGCAGCAGAACCGCGCCGUGCUCGACCACCAGCAGUUCGAUUUCGUGAUCCGCAUGAUGAACUGCUGCUUGCAGGACUGCACUGCCAUGGACGAACACGGGAUUGCAGCCGCUCUCCUGCCACUGGUCACCGCCUUCUGCCGAAAACUGAGCCCUGGCAUCACGCAGUUUGCCUACAGCUGUGUGCAGGAGCACGUGGUAUGGACCAACAUCCAGUUCUGGGAGGCCAUGUUCUACUGCGAUGUGCAGAACCACAUCCGAGCCCUGUACCUGGACAGCAGUGAGGAGAACCACGCAGAUGAGGAGAGCAAGGAGGGACCGCAGGAAGAGAAGUCAGCCCUGGAGAUAGCAUCAGAACAGCUGAGGCUGUGGCCCACCAUGAGCCGAGAGAAACAGCAGGAGCUGAUCCAGAAGGAGGAGAGCACGGUGUUCAGCCAGGCCAUCCACUACGCCAACCGCAUGAGCUACCUGCUCCUGCCUCUUGACACGAGCAAGAACCGCCUGCUCCGCAGCUCUGGGCUGGGCGAUGUGGAGAGCGUCAGCAACAGCUUUGUCACCAACAGCAUUGCUGGCAGCGUGGCCGAGAGCUACGACACAGAAAGCGGGUUUGAGGACGCCGAGAGCUCGGACGUGGCCAACUACGUGGUGCGAUUCAUCAACCGCUUCGUGGACAAAGUGUGCACCGAGAGCGGAGUCACCAACGAGCACCUCAAGGGACUGCACGUCAUGAUCCCUGACAUCGUGCAGAUGCACAUAGAGACGCUGGACGCUGUGCACCGUGAGAGCAAGAGGCUUCCUCCCAUCCAGAAGCCAAAGCUGCUGCGCCCCAACCUGCUCGUGGGCGAAGAGUGUGUCAUGGAGGGCCUCCGUGUGUACCUCAUGCCCGACGGCCGGGAGGAGGCUGCUGGGGGCAGUAUUGGCGGGCCGCCUCUUCUGCCUGCGGAAGGAGCCAUCUUCCUCACCACUUACCGCAUCAUCUUCAAAGGCACCCCCACGGACCCCCUGGUGGGGGAGCAGGUGGUGAUCCGGUCCUUCCCCAUCGCCUCGCUGACCAAAGAGAAGAAGAUCAAUAUCCAGGCCCAGGUGGAUCAGUUCAUCCAGGAGGGUUUGCAGCUGCGCUCGUGCACAUUCCAGUUGCUGAAGAUUGCCUUCGACGAAGAGGUGGCUUCGGAGAGUGCUGAGGUCUUCAGGAAGCACCUGCACAAGCUGCGCUACCCCCAGCACGUGCGGGGCACCUUUGCCUUCACGGUGGGCCAGUCGCCCAAGCAAGCCAUGCAGCCCAAGGCCAAGGAGAAGAAUCCCUCACUCAGGACUCUCUCCAAAAACCUGGUGAAAAACGCCAAGAAAACCAUCGGGCGCCAGUACGUGACGCGCAAGAAAUACACCCCCCCCGCCUGGGAGCAGCGCAGCAGCCAGCAGUUCUCCGAGGACAACGAGGACGAGAUCUCAGUGUCUGAAGAAAUGGACAGAAGCACUUUGACGCCCAGCACCACCAUGAAGCCGUCGGACAAGAUGACCAUGAAUCACCUGGUGGAGCGCGCCUGCUGCCGGGACUACCAGCGCAUGGGACUGGGCACGCUCAGCAGCAGCCUCACGCGCUCCAAGACGGAGCCCUUCCGCAUCUCCACCGUGAACCGCAUGUAUGCCAUUUGCCGCAGCUAUCCCGGGCUGCUCAUCGUGCCGCAGAGCAUCCAGGACAACACGAUCCAGCGCAUCUCCCGCUGCUACCGGCAGAACCGCUUCCCCGUGGUGUGCUGGCGCAACGCGCGCACCAAGGCCGUGCUGCUGCGCUCAGGGGGGCUGCACGGCAAGGGCGUCGUGGGCCUCUUCAAGUCCCAGAACGCGCCCAGCGCAGGGCCCUCGCAGACCGACUCCACCAGCCUGGAGCAGGAGAAGUACCUGCAGGCCGUCAUCAACUCCAUGCCGCACUACGCCGAUGCCGGCGGGCGCAACACGCUCAGCGGCUUCACCUCCGCGCACAUGAGCAGCUCAGGCAAGUGGGGCAGCAUCCGCGGCAGCGGGCGCCUCAGCAGCUACGCCCUCAACGUGGAGAUCGGCUCGCGCCUGGCCGGCAAGGACCUGCUCGGGGCGCCGCACAACGGCGCGCCCGCCGAGGCCAGCUUCCUGCGCCAGCACCGCGCCUCGCUCUACAUCAUCGGCGACAAGUCGCAGCUCAAGGGCGUGAAGCCGGACCCGCUGCAGCACUGGGAGCUGGUGCCCAUCGAGGUGUUCGACGUGCGGCAGGUGAAGGCCAGCUUCAAGAAGCUCAUGAAGGCCUGCGUGCCCGGCUGCCCCGCCACCGAGCCCAGCGUGGCCUAUCUGCGGUCGCUGGAGGAGUCCGAGUGGUUGUCCCAGAUCCAUAAAAUCCUGCAGAUCGCGGUGCUGGUGGUGGAGCUGCUGGACACGGGCUCCUCGGUGCUCGUGAGCCUGGAGGACGGCUGGGACAUCACCACGCAGGUGGUCUCCCUGGUGCAGCUCCUCUCGGAUCCCUACUACCGGACCAUGGAGGGCUUCCGCCUGCUGGUGGAGAAGGAGUGGCUCUCCUUCGGGCACCGCUUCAGCCACCGCGGGGCGCAGACGCUGGCGAGCCAGAGCAGCGGCUUCGCGCCCAUCUUCCUGCAGUUCCUCGACUGCGUGCACCAGAUCCACUUGCAGUUCCCCAUGGAGUUUGAGUUCAGCCAGUACUACCUGAAGUUCCUCAGCUACCACUACAUCUCAAACCGGUUCCGAACGUUCCUGCUGGACUCGGACUACGAGCGCAUUGAGCUGGGCCUCCUGUACGAGGAGAAGGGCGAGCGCAAGACCCCGCAGGUCUACAAGUCCGUCUGGGAUUACAUCGACCGGCUGAACAAGAAAGCCCCGGUCUUCUUCAACUACAUGUACGCCCCCGAGGACGGGGAGGUGCUGAGGCCCUACAGCAACAUCUCCAACCUGAAGGUGUGGGACUACUACACGGAGGAGACGCUCUCCGAGGGGCCCUCCUACGACUGGGAGCUGGUGCAGGGGCAGCCCGAGCAGCUGGAGGAGGCCGACCGGCAGGACACGAGCGCCCCGCAGAGCAAGCGCCGCAUCAUCUGGCCCUGCUACGACAACCGCGGCCGCGUGGAGCCCGACGCCAUCUCCAAGCUGCUGGAGGAGCUGCACAACCUGGAGAUGGAGCUGGGGCAGGUGCCGGAGCGCUGGAAGGACACGUGGGACAAGGUCAAAGCCUCGCAGCGCGUGGAGGCCCGGCCGGAGGGCAGCCGGACGCCGAGCUCCCUGCUGAUGUCGUCCGGCCUCUGCCACCACCGGCGCUCGCUCGGCGUGUACCUGCAGGAGAGCGGCGUGGGCUCCACGCUCAACCUCAGCCUGGACAGCGACACGAGCAGCACGUCCACGCCGUCCAGCGGCAAGCAGGGCGGCCGCCGCAGCACCAGCACCCUCUACAGCCAGUUCCAGAUGUCGGAGAGCGAGAACAGGUCCUACGAGGGGUCGCUCUACAAGAAAGGAGCCUUCAUGAAGCCCUGGAAGCCCCGCUGGUUCGUGCUGGAUAAAACCAAACACCAGCUGCGGUACUACGACAGCCGCAUGGACACGGAGUGCAAGGGCGUCAUCGACCUGGCCGAGGUGGAGUCCAUCACGCCGGGGACGCCCACCAUGGGCGCCCCCAAGACCGUGGACGAGAAAGCCUUCUUCGACCUGAAGACGACGAAACGAGUUUACAACUUCUGCGCCCAGGACGUGCAGCUGGCCCAGCAGUGGAUCGACCGCAUCCAGAGCUGCCUGUCGGACGCGUGAGCCGGGCUCAGGGGAGCCUCCCUUGCAGGCAGAGCCUCCCGGGCCCCAGCACGGGAGGCGGAGGCCGCGUCCAGGCCUGGCCGGGCACUGGGCUGUGAUGGACUGGCGAGGAGGAGGAGGUGCCUUCCUCCCG